CUUGAGCUCUCAGUCAUUCAGACACACACGGUCACAUUCGCACAGGAGGUAUUGCUCACCAGAGCUCACACACAGAGGAGACAGCAGCAAGAGAUCAGGUGACAAAAGAAGGAGCUGUUAAGCACAAAAACAAAAGGAGAGAAAGAAAAACGAGACAGAGAAGAUGACAAUUGGAAAGAACUCCAGGAAAAGUUCUGUGAGGAGCUCCAUCCGGGCCCCAAAGUUUCUGGACAAAUCUAGCGGCUUCUACGGUCGCCUUGAUGAACCUGAGGUCGCUGGAGAAGGAGAGGAGGUGAGAGGGAAAGAAGGAGAGGAGAGGUGGAGCGGGACGGAGAACAGCAACAGAGAGGGGGGAGUCACGAGCAGCCCGACCCAAAGCGUGGUGCACAGGGAUGAACGAGAAGAGGCGUUCGACCUCAAUGAAGGCAUGAUAGAAGACGACGGCGAGACUCUCCUCCAGAGGAAACCCAGUCGCCUCAGCAGCAGGUGGAGAAGAAGCUCCAGGAGGAAGCAGAAGGAGGGGAGAGCAGAGGAGGACGCAGCCAGGGAUGAGAGGCCCAGCCUGGGCACAGAGAGUCCGGUCAUCCCACGCGCCCUGGAGGACACCCGGGUGAUGAUCGAAGAAAAGAUGGAGAAGGUGAAGAAGACUGAGGAAGAGAAUGAGAAGGCAGGAAAAGGGAAGGAGCCAACGCUUGUUCACUUCCAGGUUCGGGAGGAAGCGGACGACCAGGUCCUCAUCAGGGACAAGAAGAGGGGGAGAGAAGAGGAGGGAGAGGAGGAGAGGAGGAUGAGGAGGGAGCAAGAGGAGGGGAUGAAAGUGGUGAAGAGGAACACGGUGAAGAAUUACCGCAAGGCCUUGGACCGAGCCUUUCGUCGCGGCUGGGAGGCCUUUAUCACCAACCUCUACAGCGUCACGCUCACACCUGUGACAUCAUCCUCCCCAUCGUCUUCUUCACCUUCGAUGAAGAAGAAACAGCAACACCAACGUGCCUUGGCAGAGUUUCGGUAGAAGUGGGGAACGACAUGGACGAUAAAAUCUAAUAUUUAGUUUGUUCGAAUCAUGAUUAUGCACUGUGUUGUGAUGGACAAUCCUGCCUCUAUAACAUUUAUCAAACCAUCAGUGGGGACUUUUAGAGUCACAUAAUGCGUUUGAAUAAUGCAGUAGAAACAAUCAGUUAUGUAAGUUACUGAGUCUUAAUUACUCAUAAAGUUUACUGUCUUGUCUUAUCAUGGUGCACAGUGGUUUGUGCACAGACUGCAGGGCUUCAGUUUCACUUUAUGAAUUGUGGGAGCCACGCUGUUGAUUUUACAUUGAAGUCUAUGAGACUAGCUUGAAAGGAAAAGCCCAGUCUUUAUGUGACUGAGUUCAACUGCUUCUGUUCUCAUUUCAGAUUAACAUUUUAGCUCCUUGCAUCCGGCCCCCUAUUUAGAGCUUGGAGCACAAAUUAAUCUUUGCUUCCUUUGGUUUAGCACUAUGAAACUAUUAGGGUUGAUGUGCAGCCAAAAGGAAUGGAAAUUUUCAACCAUGCAGCGAUGACUGAUUAGUGGACAUUAGUUGUGGAGAUAUUCACAUUUCUGCAUGUUAAUCAGUGCCAUUUAUUGCUUUCUGAGAGCUAAUGAGUAAUGAGAGGGGGGCAAACACGCAGCUAAUCAGUAUUUAGACAUUAUGAUAGUGAUUACACAUAUUUGUAUGUUAAUAUGUGAGAAAAAUUGCAGGUUUUUACCAAU